AUGGAAACGAUAGAGAAUAUAACAUUGGACUGUGAGAACGGAGUUCCAAAUGUCUUUGAAUUCUUCACUGGACUAAACUUUAUUCACAAAUGGAUCUUAGUGAUGCCAACUGGAUUUUAUUUAAUGACAAUAACUCUGUUCAUUCUUAAUUUGUGUACAAUUAUUAAGUAUGGACAAAAGGAGACAAAGUCAAAUGUGCUCAUACUAGUUACUCUUUACCCGAUAGUGGCAACUACCUCAAUGGUCUCAAUAUUCAUGCCAAGAACAUAUUUCUUUUGUGAUACGAUCGCACACAUAGUCUUCGUGAUCACGUCAUAUCAGUUCUAUCGGUACUGCAUCAACUGUAUUGAGGGCGAAAGUAAGUUUAUCGCUGUAUCAAAAGGUGAAUCAUUUACGCUUAAAGCGCCACCUUGUUGCUGUUGCUGUUUAUGCCUUAAAACUUCAUCGAUAACGAAGGAGAAAUUUUUAUGGCUAAGAAUUUUAGUGCUUCAAAUGGCUAUCGUCCAUGUGAUAAUAUUUUCCUUCAUAAACAUCCUGAACGUAGAAAAUCCAAGUGUUGUUGAGGAGAUUAUGCUGUACUGCACACCAUUUUUGGUCGUUACGAUUCUCUUAGCUGUCUGGGGCUUCCAAAUCACUAUUCGACUACUUGUGCCUUACUAUUCGAAUUUAAAUCUUCUCAAAAAGUUUUUAGCCUUUCAACUGGUCCUCGUCUUUUGCAAAUUUCAGCCAGUGUUACUUAAUUUAAUUAUGAAGCAAUUUGAAUGGAGCUGCGAGGGUUCAGCGACCGUUAUUAUUAAAAUUCGAACAAUAACACAAAUAAUAAUUCAGCUCGAGAUGUUGCUGUUAUCGCUAUGGGCACAUUUUCUUUAUACAAACAAUAACUGUAGAACUACAGUCAGUAAAUAA